CAGGCGCCCCAACACGGGCAGACCAAGGUGCACCGGCACCGGCCAAAGACGUCGCGCGAGGAGGAGCACGUCUACGUCUUGUCGCUGCGCCUCUCGCCUCCACUGCACGAUGCGCUCAACACGCUCCGCACGCGGUACUUUCCCGCCGAGCGGCUCAAGGUCCCGGCGCACCUCACGCUCUUCCACGCCUUGCCGCGCUCGCAGCUCGAGCGCGUGUGCGCCGACGCGCAGCGUGUCGCGAGCGCGACGUCGCCGUUCGUCGUCACAACCGGGCGAGCGUUCCUCCUCGGCAAGAACGGCGUCGCGGUCGCGCCGGGCGUCGGGACCGAGGAGGGCGCGAGCGUGCACGCCCAGCUGCGCGAGCGGUGGGAGCCGUUCUUGAGCAAGCAGGACGCCAAGGGCUUCAAGGCGCACUGGACGGUGCAGAACAAGGUCGACGAUGAGGACAAGGUCCUGGCGGCGUUCGACGAGGUGCGCGACUGGGCCAAGGACGAGGGCGCCGAGGGCGAGGCGAACGGGCUCGUCCUGUGGCGAUACGACCGAGGGUAUUGGCGCUUCGAGCGCGAGUUUCUAUUCGGC